AAGAGAUAUAGCAUUUAAGAGUUAUACUUGAUAGAUUUACCUUUGAGUUGGUCACUUCAGAGGAGGACUGAGAAGAAAUAAAUUGGAACAGAAUACAGCCUUGAGUGAGUUAGAUACAGCCAAUGAAACACAUUCUUGUUGAUUGAAUAUUAUCAGAGAAGCUUUGAAGGUACUCUCAGUCAAUCCCCAGUCCUAUCUAUGGAUAUAUUGGGCAUUUUAUCAAAAUGGACUUUUGCAUUUAUUUCCCUUUUUAUUCCACAAUAUUGUGUGCGCAAUGUGAUAAUUUUUUUUAAAACUCUUCCAAGAGAUUUAAAAGCAUUUUACGUAGCAUUUAAGGUUAUUUUGGGAAAUUACUUCUAUAAAAAGACGAACGCAAAUGGCAUCUCAAGAUUCCAAAAGGUCCUCAGAGAACAUCCUAAUAAACCUUGCUUUUUAUUUCAAGAUCAAGUUUGGACAUUUAAAGAGGUGGAUGAGUUCAGUAACCAAAUAGCUCAAGUUUUUCAUCAAACAGGAUUUAAGAAAGGAGAUGUGGUUGCCCUUGUUAUGUCAAAUCAACCACAAUACGCUUGUAUUUGGCUUGGUCUUGCUAAAAUAGGUGUGGUUACAGCUCUUAUCAAUUCCAAUCUUACCAGCAAACCUCUUUGCCAUUGCAUCACGAGUGCAUUAUGUAAAGCAGUAAUAUUCUCAGAUGAUCUGUCCACAGUUGUUCUGGCUGUCAAAUCUGAACUACCAGCUGACAUGAAAUAUUUUCAACUUGGGGAAUCAGAAACACCAAAAGGCAUUAUAAAUCUUAAACUGUUUAUGCAAAAUUUACCCAAAACUGUCCCGUUAGAGAAAGAAAUUCUGUACAAUGAUCAUUUAGUGUAUAUUUAUACAUCUGGUACUACCGGUCUACCUAAAGCUGCUAUAGUUCCACAUUCUAAAUUUAUUUUGAUAUCAUUUUUUUGUGAAGAUAUUCUUGGUUUAACCAGUGAUGAUAUAGUAUAUGACCCUCUUCCUCUUUAUCACUCUGCAGGAGGUCUGCUAGGUGUUGCUGCAGCCUUUUUAAGUGGAGCUACUGUAGUAUUGAGGCCAAAAUUUUCAGCAGCAAAUUUUAUUCCUGAUUGUGCUCAUUACAAAUGUACAGUAGCGCAAUAUAUUGGAGAAAUGUGUCGUUAUAUUCUUGCUGUACCCGAGAAACCUACUGAUAAGCAACACAAAUUGAGAAUGAUUACAGGGAUCGGUCUUCGGCCUACUAUAUGGUGUGAAUUUGUAAAAAGAUUUAACAUACCUAUGGUAAUGGAAAUGUAUGGAUCAACUGAAGGAAACUUACAAAUUGUUAACUAUGAUAACAAAAUUGGUGCUGUUGGUUUUAUACCUCGAUUCUUCCCUUUCUCAAGAUUCAUUGGAGCUCUAAUACGGGUCAAUUCUGAAACUAUGGAACCGAUCAGAGGAAAAGAUGGAUUAUGUAUUGAAUGUGACAUAGAUGAACCAGGAAUGUUUGUUGGGAUUAUUCCUAAUAAAGACUCUGUUAAACAAUUUCAUGGUUAUUUAGAUAAAACUGAGUCAAGAAAAAAGUAUCUAUAUGAUGUUUUCAAAAAAGGAGACAAAGCUUUUGUUUCAGGAGAUCUUUUAGUGAUGGAUGAGCUUGGAUAUCUUUAUUUCAAGGAUAGAACAGGAGACACAUUCAGAUGGAAAGGGGAAAAUGUAUCUACUUCAGAAGUGGAAGCUAUAAUUAGUUCAAUACUUGGAUUAAAAGACUGUAUUGUGUACGGUGUUGAGAUUGGUGAUCUUGAGGGUCGAGCUGGUAUGGUUGCUAUAGUAGCGCCUUCUGGAACUAUAGAUUUUGAUGUCCUUGCGGAUUCUCUCAAAACUUCUCUUCCUUCAUAUGCUAUUCCUCUGUUUAUUCGAUUGAUUCCUGAAGUUGAAAUGACAGGCACUUUCAAAUUGAAGAAGACUACUUUGGUUAAAGAUGGUUUCAAUCCUUCUAUUGUCAAAGAUCCUCUUUUCUUCCGUAAAGGGUCAUCUUAUGUACCUCUCAAUAAAGAGAUAUAUGAACAAAUUAUCUCUGGAAAAAUAAGAGUUUAAGAUGUUUAGUCGCUUGAGGUUGAAUUGGAAAUUUCUGACAUCAUGUUGCUGCCCAAGUUGUGGAAGCUGAAAUUUCAUAUGUACCUUAACACUUUUGAUGUUAUAAUAAGGAUUAUUUUGGAUUUUUAACCUUCUAAUAAUUUAGGUUAAUCAACAAAUAAUAUUUGGAAAGGGAGCAUGUUGGUAAAGAAUACAUUUGGUGGUUAUUUAUGAGUUUCAUUUUGUAUUUUUACAUUAGUGUAGCCUCCAAAAGGCUUACCACAGAUAACAGAAGGCAACUCAAUCAACCUAAUUUGUUAGUUUUGGAACCUAAAUCUCUUGCACUUUUCAGAACAACUGAUAUUCAAAGGAGAAAAAUACAUGAAGAGUCACUGUUGUGGGUGCCGCAUCCACCUACUGCACCUAUACACUAUAUUUCUUAACAUUUUUUAGUGAACCUAAGCAAGGGGACCUUCUGAUAAUAACCUAUCACUUCAUAUUAUAAAACUUUUAGUAAUUAAAAGUUUUUAUAAUAUUUAGUUUUUUAUGUUGUCAUUAAUAGAAUAUGUUAUUUAUGAUUUCUUGUUAAGUAUAAUAAAUAAACAUUGUGAUGCUAGUCUUGAUUCACUGUUCUUUCAUACUUCAAUUCAAUUUGAAUGUACCUGCUUUAGUUAUUGUUGUACAGUUCGGUAUUUAUGUUAAUUUUAUUUUAUUGAUAAAUAAAUUUAAUUUGAACUAUUAUAAAUUCAUUUAUAGUUAAUUUUAUUUUAAUUAUAUUUGUAUCCACUCUUGUCUCUUGAAAAUAUAGAUAUUGAUACAGAA